AUGGCCACUCCCACGUCCAAGCAAAAGCUCGCGCUCGCCAUCUGCGAGUUCCUCUCCACCUCGGCCGCCGACGGCACCCUGACCGCCGACGACAAGGACUCCAUCGACGUGGCCGUCAACUGCAUCGCCGAGUCCUUCAAGGUCGACCCCACGGACAAGGCGGCCGUCGCCUCGGCCAUUGGCGCGCAGAACCUGCUGCAGAUCUACUCCGUCUACGAGGUCGCCAAGUCGCGCAACAACCCUGCCGGCGCCGCUGCCGCUGCCACGGCCACCGCGGGUGCUGCCGCCGCCACCACGGCCGCCGCCGCCGCCGAGCCCGUGUCUGAGGACAAGAAGCGCGAGGCCGACGGCCUCAAGAGCCAGGGCAACGCCGCCAUGGCCCAAAAGGACUACGCCACCGCCAUCGACCUCUACACGCAGGCCCUCGCCCUGCACCCCGGCAACGCCGUCUUCCUCAGCAACCGCGCCGCCGCGCACUCGGCCGCCAAGGACCACGCGAGCGCCAAGGUCGACGCCGAGGCCGCCGUCGCCAUCGACCCCGCAUACACAAAGGCCUGGUCGCGCCUCGGCCUCGCGCGCUUCGCCCUCGGCGACGCCAAGGGCGCCAUGGAGGCCUACGGCAAGGGCAUCGAGUACGAGGGCAACGGCGGCUCCGACGCCAUGAAAAAGGGCUACGAGACGGCCAAGCGCCGCGUCGAGGAGUCUGGUGGCGACGCCAACGAGGAUGACGUCGCGGCUCGCGGUGCGCCCGGUGCCGGCGCCGGUGGCAUGCCCGACUUUGCCAGCCUGGCCAGCAUGUUUGGCGGCGGCGGCGGCGCGGGCGGUGCUGGUGGUGCCGGUGGUGCGGGCGGCGGCAUGCCCGAUCUCAGCUCCAUCAUGAGCAACCCCAUGUUUGCCAGCAUGGCCCAGAACAUCAUGAGCAACCCCGACAUGAUGAGCAACCUCAUGAGCAACCCGCGCAUCCGCGACAUGGCCAACCAGUUUGGCGCCGGUGGUGGCGGCGGCAUGCCCGACCUCAACAGCCUCAUGAGCGAUCCCAACAUUGCCGAAAUGGCCCGCAACAUGAUGGGCGGCGGUGGUGCUCCUCCUCCUGGUGGCGCUGGCGGUGCUGGCUCUGGACCUUGA